CACCAAGUCCAAACACAACAACGGGAAGCACAACUUUCAUCUCCACACCAGCAUUCCACGAUAGGACAAGGAAAUCCUCCUCCAUCAUUUCUUCCAAUUCCUCUUUCAAUUCCUCCUACAUAUAGUGGAUUGGGCAUUGCGUUAGACGAAACGAAGAAACAGGCUAGAAGUAAAGCGACCAUGAAAAAUUGUUUGAAUGUAGUCAUUUUAUAA